AUGCACGACCUAGAUCUGGAGACCGGAGCGUCCCCCUUCGAGAAGGGCCGCGCCAAGAACGCAGGUGCCUUGAUGAGCAUAGACGAAAUGGCAGCGGAGUUGGAGAACAUGCCGCUGGACAACGCGUACCCCCGCGCGAAAGAGAAAGAGGGGAACCUGCUGAGCAAGUUCCAGUACGAGACGGCCAUGAAGCUCCAGUCCCGGCUGGAGAUGAGGGAUUUCGAGCGCAAGGACCAGGCGGAGCAUGUGCGCCUGGCGGACGUGGAGGGCGAGAUGCUGGAUCUGACCAUGGGCAAGGACAAUGAUGAGUCCAUCGGUGUGAGCGUCAUCAAGAGUCUGGAGGCUUUGACCAAGAAGACAGUCUUCCGGGGCAGCAAAGGCCAGGAAUGGCUUUCGCUCUUGCCGCUUUCGUCGGCCUUCACGCUUUCCACCUUUGCUCCGUGA